AUGAUGUCUGACAAGGGCAAGGGCAAGGCGUUGGAGACGCCAGAGACGCCAUGGAUAAACGUCGGUACGCGAGUCAUGCCUCCGCGCGGAAUCAUGAAGGUCAAGCGAGUCAGGUUCGCGUUGUCUUCAGCUGCAGGCCUGGAAGAAACAAGCCCUCCACCAUCACCUUCACCAUCUACCACGAAGACAGCAACCAUGUCGUCGCUGUUCGGUGGCCUUGGUGCCAACAAGCCUGCUGGUACUGGUGGUCUCUUCGGUGCUGCAGGAUCCACUCCUGCUUCUACUCAAUCAUCAACACCUUCAUUGUUUGGCACUGCGCAGACUGGAGCUACUGGUACUGGAGCUUCAUCUGGACUUUUCGGUGGCCAGCAACAACAGAACAACAAACCCACCCUUUCGCUAUUUGGCGGCAAUACUGGAAAUUCAAAUGCGACCGCGCAACCCGCAACUACCACUCCCAGCUUGUUCGGCGGCGCAACCAAUGCUCAACAACAGCCUGCCACCACUGCUCCCAGUCUCUUCGGAGGAGCUGCACCAACUGGAGGAAGCAACUUGUUCGGUUCUACUGCCAACGCACAACCUUCCGCGAACACCCAGCAGUCUGCUUUUGGUGGAAACAACCAAGAGCAGAAUGCCAGACCCGUCUACUUUGACAACCUGAUCGAGCGCAACAUCAAGAGACAAGGAGCUGAGGCUGGCACCAACACAGGCAUGGGCGCAUUCGGAGAGUUGCCUACGCUGCAAUUGGGCUUGGGCGACAUCCAGAAGAAGGUGCGCGGACUGGGCCAGCAGUACACACCUGACAGCAAGGCACACUACCUGCUCGCUGCCUCGGGUGUCAACACAGGCGCCGCCCUACGCGACCUCAACCUCUUCACAAACAGCGCUGCCGCAAAGGCUCCUGCACCCAUCGCUGCCAAUGAUCCUCUGUACGGCGAUCUCGACACCUACGUUGAGAGUCUUUACCAGAAGGAGAAGAAGGACCUUUUCGACGAGUUCAUGGAAGAUUCAAAGAGAGAUUUUGACCGUUUCAUCGAGGACAACCUGCAAUGCAACUGGGAGCAGAAGCGCAAGGAAAUCUACGAGCACUUUGGCAUUACCAAGAAGUCGGACAUGACAGAGGCCAGCUUUGAAGGCACAACCACUGACGGAGCACGCGGCGCAUUCGGCCGAUCCAGUCGCAGAGCUCCUUUCGGUGCCUCGGCUGGCGCUUCAAGAAUGGGCUCAAAGUCUGUGCUCGGAGCCACUGGCAGACAAACUUCGAGAGCCAGCCAGUUCACUGAUGUUGCUGAGAAGACUCCUGCUGGUCUACAAAACGUUAGCGAAAACCGCAUGCUCAGAGACAAGCAGGACAAGUACUCCAACAAGGUCAAGGAGCUCAACAUUGCCCGCAUCGAGGGUCGUCUCUAUCCGCUUCUACACAACUUCGUUGAAGUCGAGGCUCAACCUUCAGCCGAAGACACAUCGAAGCUCGUUGAUGCUUACAAGGCUCUUGCCGACAUUGUUGGCGAAAGCCCCGACUUCCAAACCUCAUCCGAUCCUCACGCUAUCAGAGAACGUCAAUUUGCACAAGACUACCUCGACGACGCACCCAACUCGCGCAAGGCUUUCGAUCUUCGUAAACGCAUCAUUGACGGCUCCAGACGUUUCCUCGAAAAGCAGUUCCUUGGCCAGCUCUNNGAAACAGCCAUCCUCAAGAAUGCUAAGGAGGCUGCCCUGGGAGGUGUUCCUUCGGUCAUCAACAAAGUUCGCGCCUACGUUCGUCUACGUGCUGCUCGCAAGGAGCUCGGUCCCGACACCAGUGAGCUGCAGAUGAUCAAUGACGACUACCCGUGGGUUCUCAUCUUCUACCUUCUUCGCGCCGGUCUUGUCAACGAAGCUGCCGAGUAUGUGGCCGACAACGAACGUGCCAUCAAGGCUUGCGAUCGCAACUUCCCUCUCUUUCUUGCCAGCUACGCUCGCAGCACAGACCGUCGCCUCCCUCAGGAGCUGCAAACCAGAAUCAACAACACUUACUCUCAACGUGCACAAUUCGCCCCUGAAAACAGUGUCGACCCUUACCGCAUGGCUUGCUUCAAGAUCAUUGGUCGUUGCGAGCUCGGUAGACGCACACUUGACGGCAUCAACCAGAACAUGGAAGAUUGGGUCUGGCUGCAGUUUGUGCUUGCCCGUGAGGUUAACCGUGUCGAGGAGACCGCUUCUGAGGUCUUUGGUCUCGACGAUGUCAGAAACGUCAUCCACGAAGUUGGCCAGAGACAUUUCGUCCAGGGCUCUGAAGGUGCUGCUGGAUAUGGCACCUACUUCUUCCUUCAAAUCCUGGCUGGUCAGUUCGAGAGCGCUAUUGCUUGGCUGUACCCCAACAACUACCUUAGCGCUGUGCACUUUGCCAUUGCUUUGAACUACUAUGGUCUUUUGCGUGUCAACGACUACAGCAACUCUGAAGACCUCCUGUCAUACACCACAAGCCAGAAACCCCAGAUCAGCUUCGCUCACCUGGUCGGCUACUACACCAAGGACUUCCGCGCUCAGUCACCCACUACUGCCGCCGACUACAUCGCUCUCAUCUGCUUGAACGGAGAUCUGGCCGGUGAGAUUGGACAACGCCAAGUCGCACUCUGCCACGAUGGUCUUCGUGAACUUGUUCUUGAGACUCGCGAAUUUGCCCAGCUGCUCGGAGACAUUCGUUCCGAUGGUCAACGCAUUCCAGGUUCCAUUGAGCAACGUCUUAGGAUCAUCCGUAUUGCCAACGAGAAAGAAUUCAUGCGUCACAUCACUAUCAGUGCUGCUCAGAUUGCUGACGACAACGGUCGUGUUACUGAUGCUGUCCUGCUUUACCAUCUUGCUGAGGAGUACGAUAACGUCAUUACUAUCUGCAACAAAGCUCUGUCGGAGGCGAUCAGUGUCGAGCUGGGCGAUGCACCUCUGCGCCUCACUCCUCUCAAGCCUCGCGAUCCCACCGCUGCCGAGACUUCAGCAUCUCUCAGUCUGACCGCUGUCGAGGACCCCUACACACUGACCCGCAACAUGCGUGCAUUGUACGAGAGCAACCAGCUUCAUUCUGCCAAGAUCAAGCAGGUCAACCGCGAGUCCUGCACGCUCCUCCUCGGUAUGGCCGAAGCCAAGUCUCUCGUCGCCGAAGGCCGCUGGGCCCUUGCUCUCGAUGCGCUCAACAGUCUGAACUGCCUUCCCAUCUCAGCAGGCGGCAACAUGAGCCUCAUCCGUGCAUCCGCCAACGCCUUCAGCAAUCUGCCUCCUCCUGUCGCUCGCAACAUCGGCAACCUGCUCAUCUGGACCAUCACCUGCUGCGGCCAACAGCGCGAGUACCUCCGUUCAUCACCUUCGGGCUUCGAGGAACGUGGCCGCGAAAAGGUCGCCGAGGACAUUCUGCAGGUUGCAAAGGACACCAUGGUCUUUGCUGGCUUGAUCCAAUACAAGUUGCAACCCAGAGUGUUUGAGGUGCUCACCCGUGUUGGUGGUGACGUCGGUGCUUACUAA